AUGUCACAAGAUACUAACAGCCAACUGUUGGGCGUCGUAUUGCUUGUUCGUCACGGGGAUCGACAAGGAUUUUAUCAAAACCCUCAAACCUAUACUGCAACAGCCACGCAGAUAACCCCCCUGGGCAGCCAACAAGAGUUUCUGCUUGGAGACUACCUGCGUUCAUUGUACUUGAAUCAGUCAUCGCCAUCGUACAUCGAUGGCAUAAGUACAGGAUUGUUCAAUCAGUCCCAGGUGUACAUUCAAGCAGACCUUGGAGGCGAAGAUGGAGUUAUUUAUGAUUCUUGUGUAUCACUAACGCAGGGACUUUGGCCUGUUACGCCCUCCAACAAUAUCACCCUCGCUAAUGGGACGACGAUUACGGCUCCCCUUGGAGGGUAUCAGUAUAUACCUAUCGAGUCUGUGGAUCCCAACCUGAGUGUAUCAUUGGAAGGUUUCACUGAUUGCAAUACCUUCACCACUCAUACGACAGCGUUUUACGAUUCAUCCAACUUUCAAGAGAUGGCUGUACAAAGCGCAUCUUUCUUGGACUCUCUGCCUCCUUAUCUGAAUGGAAGAUCGGUUCAGUUGCAGAAUAUGUGGAACAUAUUCGAUUUUAUGAAUAUGAACGAUAUUCACAAUGCCACCUUUGCCCAGGCUCUCCCUCCCACAUACCUAGCGCAAGCACAAGAUUUGGCUAACUGGCACGAGUACAAUGUCUUUAGUGACCGGGCCAUUGGAGGCAUCGGGAACAUUGCCGGUUUGACUCUUCUGCCAUCGAUUCUCAAUGGAUUCGCAGACAUCGCGAACUCCACAAACCCUCUGAAGUUGUCGAUUACUGCCAUCGCAUACAAACCUUUCCUCUCCCUCUUUAAUAUGACAGGCGUCACUUCUGCAAACCCGAGUCUUGCAGGUAUUGUCAACUACGCUGCUACCGUUGCUUUGGAAUUGCGUCAAUCUUCUGCGGGUGGUGAACCUGUCAUCCGUUUCAACUUCAAAAAUGGGAGUGACGCAACCUUCGUGACAUACAACUUCCUCAACCGCACAGGAGAUGUCCCGUUAUCUGCUUUCAUUGAUGCGAUGGCUCCUGUCGCAGUAAAUACUACAGCAGCUUGGUGCGAUAUUUGUGCCAACACCCAAGAUAGGGGCUGCGCUGCUCUUGCUCUUGCGACAGAUCAAGGAGAAGCUGCUGCUCGACCUAAGAUCAGUCCAGCUGGAGCUGGUGUUCUUGGCGCGGGUGUGACUCUUGUAGUUGUUGCAUUGAUGGCUGUCACUCUGGGUUUCCUUGGACUGUUGACGGUUGGUAGGCUUGGGAGGCGGCGGUCAAGGCAUGCUGGCGUGGUAUGUGAUCUCUAUAUGCGCUUGCUCCGAUUGAUUUAA